GCUAUUGUCAAAAAGGACUAUCUGCAGAUAAAAACGUCAAAAAGGACCCCCUGACUAGUGGCGGCAGGUGCGGCAGGCGACACGUGGCACCUGCCGCCACUAGGUGAGGCGGCGGGCCCCGCCGCCACCGCAGGAGGCGGCCGCGCGGUGCACAACGGAAUCUCCCACCGUGCAGUAGCUGUGACGGAACGGGCCAGGAGAGGCGGGCCCGGCCGCCACUAGGUGAGGCGGCGAGCUCUGCCGCUGUCGCUCCCCGUCCGACAGCCUCAGCUGCGCGCGGGCCGAGGCAUGGGCCAGGCCGCCACCGGAGGAGGCGGCAUCUUUCUUCACGCCCGACGCAUUUUCCUAUUGCAGAUGGCGCUGAUUCCCGUGUGCAACAGCGACCUGACGGCGGUGAUUCCCACGAGCGGGAAAAUGCACGCUGAUGCUUCUUUCGCCCAAGAAUCAGUCUGGCUAUUGCUUGAGAGGAUGCGACGGCAUCAGUCACUCGCUGCGGGAAUCCAAUACUGCGGGAAGCUAUUGUGCCGACACUACAGGGAUCCUAAAAUUUACUGCUUAAUUUUCUCGCCAUUAUUUAUUGUCUGGGCUUAUAAAAGGAGACACCGAGGCUCUCGUCCAGCCAUCCUUGAAAUCGCCACUGCGCAAAGUGUAUAACACAUUUUUUUCCAGUCGGUAUGAGUUUGCCUUGCUCGGAUCAAAGCAUUAGGCCGAGGAAAAUGAAGAACGCAAGUUUGCCUCCUGGGGUGGCAGUCCUGCGAUGUUGGUGUGGCGAUCUUUGCAAGGUGAAGGAGGUGACGGAUUUUUCAGAUUGGUUGGGCAUGAAGUUUUUCAUGUGCGCCAAUUAUGAGGAAGAUCCUGCCGUAGCUAUUUCAGAGUACGACAAGCCUCCGUCUCCUCCGCCUCUGUGCAUGUACUAUCAUUGGAUUGACACGGAGAAGCCGGCCUGGGCAGUGACUGAGAUUCAUGAAAGAAGUCGCCGUGCGUGGAAUAGUUUAUUUGCGGAAGAGCGACGCGAGAAGGCAGAAGCUGAGGAGAAAGCAGAGCAAGAGAGAGAGUUAAAAGAAUACUAUGCGGAGCAACACCGUUUUUUUGAGGAAAUGGGAAAGAAAAACAGGGAAGAGGCUCGUCGCAUGGAGGAGCAGGAACGACAGCGAAAGGAGGCUCGUGAGGCAGAGAGGCAGAGAAAGAAAGAAAGGGCUCGUCAGGCUAAGGCAACAGAAGAAGCUGGCGAUGGAAAAGGAAAAUAUCCACGCUGGACUAAGUAG